AUGGCAUCAAUGAGACAAAAUGAAGUGAGUAUAGUGAGGAUAAAUGCAGUUUCAGGAGUCUAUCUACUAUGCCUUCUAGCAUUACCUCUCAUCCCAAGCCCUACUACAGUGUUGCAUCUCCAAGGGAGUCCAGGGCGGUAUAUGAAAACUGUUGUCAUUCUGAGUGCCCUUGGAUGUGUUACCCAAAUACUUUAUCAGGUGGUUUUAGCGGCCCUUGAUGUUUAUAAUGAAACUAUAGGUAGCUGUAAUGCUACAGAUACAAUAUGGAGGCAGUUGGGAUAUCAGAGAUUGGAUGACCUUAAUGGAAUCAAUGUUGCCAGAUUAGUCGUUCCUGAUGUCAUCCUCUUGGUGGUAUCUGUGAUGGUAUUUCUCUCCUGCAAAUACAUCCUCACCCCACCCCAGACAACUCAAUCUGCGUCCGCUGAACAUGGCGAACCACUCUCCCCAGUCAUGGAACGGCGUCCUCGACGAACGUCGGUUGUUGUUGAGGGACUACGGUCCUGCAACAUCAUGAUCUUCUGUGCACUUUCUGGAAUCAUCCUUCCUUCGGCCAUCUCUGCAGUGUACUUUGUGAGUUUCUUGGUGGUGGUGACCUGGUGGUCUUUCUAUCAGAGUUGGGGAAGAGUCUUCAAGUCAAUUGAACUCCUAUGGCUCAUCUACAGUGGUGCCCAUGUCAUCAUCCUCUAUAUAGUCCAGUUCCAGUUUUUCCAGGAGUUGGUACCAUAUGAUUCUGACGAAGGAUUGAAUGUACCAGCAUUGGUUGGUCUUACACCCAUCAUUGAUUCCCUGCGUUGUGAUCAAGGUGAUGAUCCAAGAAAGAUAGCCAUUGCUGAUACUGCUGGCUGGACAACCCUGGUCAACCCCUGGAUAGUGUUCCUCUUCUAUUGGUUCUUAGGACAUGAAGUCCAAAGGUGGUUUGCAGGACCGCCUUUUCAGGUAUGUGCCAUGUCAAGAACCCUUGCAUAGUGUGUAUUGUGCAUGUAGAUGUUUGUAUCAUAUUGCCUAUUAAUAAUUCAUAUAUCUAUUGGUGAGCUGUUAAACAUUGUAUCUCAAAUUAAAACAAAAAUCUUGAAGAUACAGCUCAGAAAAAAGAGCUGUAAAACAAAGUGGCAAUCUUUUGCCUAGAAAGAGUUCUCUACAGGAUUCAGGAGAUCAUUUUUACCUACCCUUAAAAUUUAUUUAUUUGCAUAUAUACGAGGCUUAACAGCCCACAUACUGUAUACAUUACAUGUAUGUAACUGCUGUGCAUCAUCCAACUCAUGCACCCUUCCCAAAGAUGUAAUGAAAACAAAAUAGAUUGUACACUGGUUUCAUCCCCUGAAUAGAGGGUUGAUACUAUUCCCAUUUAGUGUUGUGAGUCUUCAUUCCUUUAAAUUACAUCUAUUAUUU